ACUGUGCUGCACGUGAGCAUGUAUCCGGAGCAGCAUUUAGCAAGAACCCCCAGACUUGGAGACCCUUGUCUUACCCAGCACUCCUCUGUGACCCAAACCCCGAGGGGCUUCGCUGCCCUGCCCCCUCCCGUAUCCGGACGACGUGCAGGGGCGUCUCCAUUCCUGGCAUUACCUCCCGGGUUGGGACACCCUCACCUUCUGUGUGGAGUAUCCCAGAAGCCUAAGCGGCUUCCCUGUUUCCCCUCUUGCCUCCGUGGUCAUUGGAGCGGUUGUCGAAAAGUAGGAAUUGGGUCAGAGCAUGCCUCUGCUUCCAACCUUGGAUGACCAGGCCCGUGGGCUCCCCGAGGUUCUCGGCCUGCUGGCCUAUUGCCCCCAAUGCGUCCUGGCCGGUCUUCGUCCAGGUUCCAGCCCAGGCGGCCCCUCCAAGAGCCCCUCCCUGAAAUGCCCCUUCCUCUCCCACUGCUGGGGUUUGCUGUCUGCGCCUCGCUCCAUGUCUAAUGAUGCCUCCUUCGCCCUGCCUGCUGCACGUAGACCGUGAGGGCCUUGAGGGCGGAGGCCCUGCGCGCAGAGAUAACUCACGUUUGAUGAUUGGAUAAUGAAUGAGUUAAUAAAUAGGAUGCUGGCAGGCUCCUCCUGUGCUCAGGAAGCCUUGGACCCAAAGUGCACUUGGGUUUUCAAAUUUGCUGGGAACAGUCUAUCGGCGUGGAAACUUAAAUUUUACACGUGAUGGAAAUUCUGUGAUCAGUCCUGUGGGAAACAGAGUCACUGUAUUUGACCUGAAAAAGCAGCCUGAGGCGGAGGCCACCGGAUUACAUAGAGUGGAUGGGUCCGCAGUGGAACUGGCCGGAGGAGUCCCAGUUUCUUCAUUCUAGUGCCUCAGCUACACCCCCUGUAUCUAGGCUGUUACCUUCAAGCAACAAGUCCAACACCCUGCCCCUGACCACCCGGUACAAUGUCAAGUGUGUGGGGCUGUCCCCAGAUGGCCGACUCGCCAUCAUCGUCGAUGAAGGGGGCAACGCGCUGCUGGUCAGCCUGGUCUGCAGGUCCGUGCUCCACCGCUUCCACUUCAAGGGCUCCGUGCACAGUGUCUCCUUCUCCCCCGAUGGCAGGAAGUUCGUCAUCACCAAAGGCAACAUUGCUCAGAUGUACCACGCCCCUGGGAAGAAGAGAGAGUUCAACGCCUUUGUCCUGGACAAAACCUACUUUGGGCCAUACGAUGAGACCACACACAUUGACUGGACAGAUGACUCCCGGUGCUUUGCGGUCGGGAGCAAAGACAUGUCCACGUGGGUGUUUGGGGCCGAGCGCUGGGACAACCUCAUCUACUACGCGUUGGGCGGACACAAGGACGCCAUCGUGGCCUGCUUCUUUGAAUCCAACAGCCUAGACCUCUACACGCUCAGCCAGGACGGAGCCUUGUGUGUGUGGCAGUGUGACACCCCCCCUGAGGGCCUGAGGCUGAAAGCCCCCACGGGCUGGAAGGCAGACCUGCUGCAGAGGGAAGAGGAGGAGGAGGAGGAGGAGGAGGAGCGGGAGACCACCAUCCGCGGGAAAGCCACGCCGGCCUCGGAGGAGCAGCAGGGCAAAGUGAAGUACUCCCGGCUGGCCAAGUACUUUUUCAACAAAGAAGGAGAUUUUAACAAUCUGACAGCUGCAGCUUAUCACAAGAAGAUCCAUCUCUUGGUCACUGGUUUUGCUUCUGGAAUCUUCCACCUUCACGAGCUCCCGGAGUUCAACCUCAUCCACUCCCUGAGCAUCUCAGAUCAGAGGAUCGAGUCUGUCGCCAUCAAUAGCUCCGGGGACUGGAUCGCCUUGGGCUGCUCAGGCCUGGGCCAGUUGCUGGUGUGGGAGUGGCAGAGCGAGUCCUACGUGCUCAAGCAGCAGGGCCACUUCAACAGCAUGGUGUCCCUGGCGUACUCGCCUGACGGGCAGUACAUCGUGACCGGCGGCGAUGACGGCAAGGUCAAGGUGUGGAACACCCUCAGUGGCUUCUGCUUCAUCACUUUUACGGAGCACUCGAGCGGCGUCACCGGCGUGACCUUCACUGCCACUGGCUACGUCAUUGUGACCUCUUCCAUGGACGGGACUGUGCGGGCCUUUGACCUUCACAGGUACCGGAACUUCCGCACCUUCACGUCCCCGAGGCCCACCCAGUUCUCCUGUGUGGCGGUGGACUCCAGCGGGGAGAUCGUCUGUGCCGGGGCGCAGGACUCCUUCGAGAUCUUUAUCUGGUCCAUGCAGACAGGCAGGCUGCUGGAGGUCCUGUCCGGCCACGAGGGGCCCAUCAGCGGUCUGUGUUUCAACCCGAUGAAGUCGAUCCUGGCCAGCGCCUCCUGGGAUAAGACAGUGCGCCUGUGGGACAUGGUGGACAGCUGGAGGACCACCGAGACGCUGGCUCUGACCUCCGAUGCUCUGGCUGUGACCUAUCGACCCGACGGUGCAGAGCUGGCUGUGGCCACGCUGAACGCACAGAUCACCUUCUGGGACCCUGAGAAUGCCGUGCAGACGGGCUCCAUCGAGGGCAGGCACGACCUCAAGACGGGCAGAAAGGAGCUGGACAAGAUCACCGCCAAGCACUCGGCCAAGGGGAAGGCCUUCACCACUCUGUGCUACUCCGCGGACGGCCAGAGUGUCCUGGCAGGAGGGAUGUCCAAGUUUGUGUGCAUCUACCACGUCAGGGAGCAGAUUCUCAGGAAGAAGUUUGAGAUCUCUUGCAACCUGUCGCUGGACGCCAUGGAGGAAUUUUUGAACCGAAGGAAAAUGACAGAGUUUGGCAACCUGGCGCUAAUUGAUCAAGAUGCCGGGGAGGAGAACGGAGUCGCGAUUCCGUUGCCCGGCGUAAGGAAAGGUGACAUGAGCUCUCGUCACUUCAAACCCGAAAUCAGGGUGACUUCACUCCGCUUCUCUCCCACAGGGCGCUGUUGGGCAGCCACCACCACUGAGGGGCUCCUCAUCUACUCUCUGGACACCCAGAUGCUCUUUGACCCCUUUGAGCUGGACACCAGCGUCACCCCUGGGCGGAUCCGGGCGGCACUGCGCCAGAGGGACUUCACCAGGGCCAUCCUGAUGGCCGUCCGGCUCAACGAGAAGAAGCUGCUGCAGGAGACCCUGGAGUCGGUGCCCUGGGAUGAGAUUGACGUUAUCAGCUCCUCCCUCCCCGAGUUGUACGUGGAGAAAGUGCUUGAGUUUUUGGCUUCAUCCUUUGAAGUGUCUCGCCAUCUGGAAUUCUACCUCAUAUGGACUCAGAGAUUGCUCAUGGCGCACGGACAGAAGCUGAAGUCCAGAGCAGGGAAGCUGCUGCCGGCAGUUCAGUUCCUUCAGAAGAGCAUCCAGCGGCACUUGGACGAUGUUUCCAAACUCUGCGACUGGAACCGCUAUAACAUUCAGUACGCUCUGGCAGUUUCCAAGCAGCGGGGCAUGAAACGCCCCUCGGAGCCGCUGGGAAGUGAGGAGGAAGCAGAUGCGUCUGAAGAUGAGGACAGUCUGCACCUGCUCGGUGGAGGACAUGGGGAUGGGGACGACGGGGAUACACUGUUGGUGUAAAGCCGGCGCCUUGCAGCCCCGCUCAUUUCGGUUAAGGCCGUAGAAGAAAGAGAACCACAGUUGUCUGGUCCCAGGAAGUGAGUGGAGGGCCAUCGCGGGCUGUGGAACCAUCACUGAGGACUCGCUCUCUGUGCAAGAGCGAAGCAUCAGAGCGAGCUGACCGGUCCCUGGUCAGCACGGGCUUGGCACACAGGGCCCAGGACCUGAUGGUAUGAAUAAGAAAGUGCUGAGCGUCUGCUAUUGCAAAUGCCUUUUCGAGAGGCAAAUAGGUUCAUAUUUAUAGACUCGUGAACUUUGUAUGAAAGUUAUUUAUAUUUUUAAUAAGUGUUAAUGGUACAUUUAGGGAUGAAAAAGAUGGGAUUUUCUAAAAUGUAAAUAUGGAUUAAGUCUAAACUCUGAAUUAAAAUGUUUAUAAUGUA